AUGACUUUGAUUCCGCCGCUUACCCUUCUGGCCGCCCAGAAAGUAGCCGAUUGUCUUGAGAAGAGUACGUUUCUCUUCAAAAGUCCGGCUCUUCAUCCUGGUUGCCUCCCGAUGACGGUCUCCGCUCUUCCGGCCACAUUGACCGAUUUGGUGCUCCGUCUGCAUCAGGAAAAGCACGGAGAGCUCACCGAAACGCAAUGGGAGGUGGUGUACCAGAGUGGAAUAUUCGCCGCCAGCCGACUGGACACCAGCGGAAUCCCCUUGACGUCAAUGGACCUGAAGACGAUCAAAAGGAACCACUACACGUCGUUCAAACUUGGAUACGGAGAGCCGAUGGAGGAAGAUGAGCACGAUCAGGUGUCGGAGAGCACUUUCAUGCGGUCGGUGCUCAACAAGAGAUGCCGCCAACAGCUCAAAGUAUUGGAUUUGAGUGGGAGCCGUGAUAUCUCUCGAUUCUGGCCGUCUAGAGUGAGUUUUUAUCGAUUUGUCACUCAAUAAUCACAAGUUUUUCAGUUACUUCCCCGGCUGCCGAACCUCUGCACACUGAUCCUCGCGAAUCGACCAAUCUCGAAGCGCGUCCUGAAGGAGGUGUCUGUCCGAUGUCCCCAACUCAAGUGUCUCGACAUCUCCUGCACUGGCAUCACGGACAUUAGCAGUCUGGCCGCGUUCGAACGUCUCGAAGUGCUCAUCACGCACGAUUUGCACGUCGAGUCCGGAUUCGAUGCGCUGAAAGCGUUGAGCAAUUUGAGAGUGUUGGAUGUUUCGGUGAUUGAUGUGUCGUAAGUUGAAGCAACGUGAGAACAGUUGUGAAUAGUUGUGUUUCAGUGAAGCAUCGCUGGCCGAGUACGUCCUCAGGAAGUCGCGAAAGGCACUGCAGAAGCGGAAGGCGUCGCCAUGGCCUCAACUACGAUCCCUGGACCUUGGAGGCUCGAAUAUGACGUCUGAAAACAUAAAAAUCGUGAUCGACGCUCAUCCGAAGCUCCAAGAGCUUCUGGCCUACGGCUCACCUCUCGAAGAGCUCAAUCUGCGUCCAGGGCUCAAAGUGCUCAGUCCCAUAGAGAUGGCCGGUCGGUACAUGGCCACAGAUCGCCCGAUCUUCGUCCACGAUCUCCUGCGGGAGAUUUUCUUUAGAGCCACUAUGAUGGAUGCACCAAUGAGCCGUUCGGAGGUGGUCGAGUUGUUGAGACUUGCCCAGCAGGUCAUCCUAAAACAUGCCGGCGACAGGGAAAUGGUCUAUCAGGCGGUGAUGGGCAUCAAUCACUUGCUCGCCAACUGGAAAGGGAACAACGUCUCGGUGUCUCAAGUGCAAACGACGGCGGACUUGUUGUCGAAGCUCGCCGAGCAUCCGGACUACUCGACACCGACGGAAAUCGCCGAAAUUAUCCAGUAUUGGAUAUGGGAAUCGUUGAGCAAACGGGACAUUAUCGAAGCGAUCGAAGAUUCGUUGGAAAUUGCCCGACUCGCUGCGAGGAUACUGCUCAAGCCAUGGUCCCAACUAGUUAAACGGAAUCUGAGGGCAUUUCAGGUUCGCCGGCUUGAGCAUUACAUGAAUAUGCUGUUGCUGAAGGAUGUGAUGCUCGGGCGACCGGCCUAA